AACCCGACGACCCAGACGCACAUGCAGUCCAAGUAGACGAGCCAGCUGCAAAUGGCCAUGUCACGUCGUCGACGACGAACGGAUACCCCCCUGAGCAUAUCUCUCAGAAAGCAAUCUCACGAAUAGACGUCCCGAGUACGGACACGACGGCUAGACUGGAAGCCAUGUCGCAGGAACGCGAGGCGCUACGGGCCGAAGUAGAGCAGUUGCGGAAGCAAUUGGAGAGCAUACAAGAAACGCAUCAGCAGGAGGCGUCACAGUUAAAGACCGACUUGGAGGAGAGCGAGGCUGCCAAGGAACAUGCAGAGGAGCAGUAUCAGACGCUUCUGGGCCGAGUGGAAAAGAUCAAGGAGACGCUGGGAAGCCGACUAGCGCGAGAUAAAGCCGAGUUGGAAGAAGCUAAAGAACGCAUCGAAGAACUCGAGGCCCAAAAUGAGGAACUACAGACAGGCUCACAAUCAUAUCAGGAGCAGAUCGAGGGGCUGCGGACGGAGCUUCAAGAUGCCUCGAGGGAACUUUCAAGUCUGAGGAGUCGCAACAAUCUUUCACAACACAACUCUCUCAAAGAAAAGGAAGACCUGCUGAAGCAAAUCACGCAUCUGCGCGAGGAAGCAGAAGCGGCGAAGGAUGCCAUGGGAGACUGGGAGGUGCUAGCCAUGGAGGAGCGGUCCGUCAGAGAGAACUUGUCAGAGAAGACAUCCGCUUUGGAGGAGCAAGCCGCCUCGCUGCGAGAAAGCUACGAGCGCGCAGCCUCGGAACGGGACACCCAGUCACAAGCCGUUGACAGCCUUCAACGAGCCCUACAGGAAAUCCAGGAGGCUCGAAAGAGGGAGUUGCGAGAGAUGGUUGAGAUGUCUGAGGAGCAGCUUCAAGCCAUGAAGAAGCUGGUUAAAGAGGCUAAUUUGAGGGCUACCGAGGCCGAGACGCUUAAGGAUUCUCUGCAGAAGGAGCUAGAGCGAACCGCACCAUUCGAAAAGGAGGUCAAAGAGAAGAAUCUGCUCAUCGGCAAGUUGCGGCAUGAAGCUAUUGUCCUGAAUGACCACUUGACGAAGGCUCUGCGGUAUCUCAAGAAGACGAAGCCAGAGGAUAGCAUCGAUAGACAAAUUGUUACGAAUCACUUCCUCCAAUUUCUGCAUCUGGACCGAUCAGACCCUAAGAAGUUCCAGAUACUGCAAGUCAUUGCCGGCCUACUCAAUUGGACGGACGAGCAAAGAGAACAGGCGGGUUUGGCGCGGCCGGGAACUGCUAGUAACACUCUACGGCUACCCACGUCCCCCUUCCAUCGAACUCCCAGCACGCCAUCUCUCAACACUGAGUUCUUCUCGGAACCGACACCAGCCUCAGCCAAGGAAUCCCUUGCGGACCUAUGGGCGGGCUUCUUAGAGCGCAGCGUCGAAGAGGCAUCUACGGGAGAGGGGUCCCGAAAAGGCAGUGUAUCGAGUGUAGCGACAGGGGCAACGCGGCCGGACACAAGGGGAGGUUCGCAUCCAUAGACUUCGUUUCUUUCACGCUGGUAGCAUUGCGAAGCAAGCAACUGGGUAAAAGCCUUGCGCUCCCUAAGGUCAGAGAAAAUAUUAUCAAACACUAGCAUCCAUCUCGGGCGUUGGGAGGUUUCUAGGAGGGUGCACAGGUUGGGGCCUGCACGAGAAGACGGAAGGC